AUGGCGGCCACGGAGCUGGAGCGCUGCUCGAAUGCGGAGCCGGAGCCCCGGAGCCUCUCCCUGGGCGGCCACGUGGGCUUUGACAGCCUCCCCGACCAGCUGGUCAGCAAGUCAGUCUCUCAGGGCUUCAGCUUCAACAUCCUCUGUGUGGGGGAGACCGGCAUCGGCAAGUCCACGCUGAUGAACACGCUCUUCAACACGACCUUCGAGACCGAGGAGGCCAGUCACCACGAGGAAUGCGUGCGCCUGCGGCCCCAGACCUACGACCUCCAAGAGAGCAACGUGCACCUCAAGCUGACCAUCGUGGAUGCCGUGGGCUUCGGGGACCAGAUCAAUAAGGACGAGAGGCCCAUCGUCGACUACAUCGAUGCGCAGUUUGAAAAUUACCUGCAGGAGGAGCUGAAGAUCCGCCGCUCGCUCUUCGACUACCACGACACCAGGAUCCACGUGUGCCUCUACUUCAUCACGCCCACCGGCCACUCCCUCAAGUCCCUGGACCUGGUGACCAUGAAGAAACUGGACAGCAAGGUUAACAUCAUUCCCAUUAUUGCCAAGGCUGACACCAUCUCCAAGAGUGAGCUCCACAAGUUUAAGAUCAAGAUCAUGGGCGAGCUGGUCAGCAACGGGGUCCAGAUCUACCAGUUUCCCACUGAUGACGAGGCCGUGGCAGAGAUUAAUGCGGUCAUGAAUGCACACCUGCCCUUCGCUGUGGUGGGCAGCACCGAGGAGGUGAAGGUGGGGAACAAGCUGGUGCGAGCGCGGCAGUACCCGUGGGGAGUGGUGCAGGUGGAGAACGAGAACCACUGCGACUUUGUGAAGCUGCGGGAGAUGCUGAUCCGGGUGAACAUGGAGGACCUCCGAGAGCAGACCCACAGCCGGCACUACGAGCUGUACCGGCGCUGCAAGCUGGAGGAGAUGGGCUUCCAGGACAGCGACGGGGACAGCCAGCCCUUCAGCCUGCAGGAGACCUACGAGGCCAAGAGGAAGGAGUUCCUGAGUGAGCUGCAGAGGAAGGAGGAGGAGAUGAGGCAGAUGUUCGUCAACAAAGUGAAGGAGACGGAGUUGGAGCUGAAGGAGAAGGAAAGGGAGCUUCACGAGAAGUUCGAGCAUCUCAAGCGGAUCCACCAGGAGGAGAAGCGCAAGGUGGAGGAGAAGCGCCGGGAGCUGGAGGAGGAGACCAAUGCCUUCAACCGCAGGAAAGCGGCCGUGGAGGCCCUGCAGGCCCAGGCCCUGCACACCACCCUGCAGCAGCCGCUGAGGAAGGACAAGGACAAGAAGAACAGAUCAGAUAUAGGAGCACGCCAGUCGGGCAUGAGCCUCUCCAGCUCUAAGGUGAUGAUGACCAAGGCCAGUGUGGAGCCCUUGAACUGCAGCAGCUGGUGGCCCGCCAUGCAGUGCUGCAGCUGCCUGGUCAGGGACGCGACGUGGAGGGAAGGAUUCCUCUGA